CUAUAGUCAUGCUUCAUGCUAACUUCAUGUAGCCACGAAAUUACAAAUGGCUGCGCGCCUACAGUUCUCCAGCUUAGAAGUAGGGUCACGUUCACUCUAUUCACCGUCAUGGCUCCGUUCUUGCCGAGUUUCAGAGGAAAUAUUAAACGAUUUCUGACUGAUGUACAACUACUGCAGUAUCUCAUCGUAUUAUUUGGACUGUUUAAUUUGUCUUUAUGCCUGUAUGAAGAUCAAGUUGGAAAGUUUGACUGGAGGCAGAAUUAUGUUGGGAGAAUUAAAUUCGCAAGCUUCGAUACGGUGUCAACUGCUAAAAAGAUUAUUGUUGCCACGGAGGAGAAUGUUGUUGCUGCUCUCAAUCUUAAAUCAGGCCAAAUACUGUGGAGGCGAGUAUUUGAAAGGGGAUAUGCAGGAAGAAUACAUGCUCUUAGUGGUAUAAGUGAUGGGGAUUUUGUAACUGUUAGUGGAGGUGUUCCUGCGUUAGUAAGAGCAUGGGAUCUUGCUACUGGACAUAUCCUUCACGAAUGGCCUAUCGCAGAUCAAAAUCCUGACAGACUUGACUCUCCAUUUAUAUCAUUUUCUACAGAGGGAUUGUACAGUAUUGAAAGGAUAGAAGAUGUCAAAUGGCAUAUAAAGGAUGGAACUCUUCAUCAUAUUCUUCCCAUCUACAACAGCGGAAUAGAAGUAACAUCAUACGAUAGUAAGACUGGUGAAAAAUUGAAUAACAGAUUUAUCUCGGCUCCAUUUAUAAGUGAAGACACGGACUGUAUAUUAGCUGCUCCGUAUUUAGCCUGUUUAAGAGGAGACUCUUUGGCUGUACUGUUCAUGAUUAAUCUGUUUGACACAACUGCUGAUGUUCCGUCUCCUGUAUUAACUACAAUUAACACAAUAUUUGGUGCCGGCGCUGAAGGACCGUACAAAUUGGAAACUGUACUAGGUGAUGAGCCUGUUGUAUCUAUCAGUACAGAUAAUGGUCAAAGGAAACGAAUUAUUAUUGCGGGCGAAACACCUGUUCCUAUUGAAAGGGAUAUUAUUGGUAAUACUUCCCUUUACGUUACCUCUCUCGAUAAGGAAAAGAUUUUAUUGGAAACGACAUAUAAAAAUGGGAUGACAGAAGUUGCUGCUUUUGAACUUCACACGUCAACGCCUAGACCGCAAUUGUCCGUAGCUUUGACACACUCUUCUGUUCAAGCACCGACAAUUGUGGCGUCCAUUUGUCCACGACAAUCAAAGGGCGUUACGUGUCGUCAUCUAUUGUCUUGUGAAGAUCAUGUCAUCGCAUUACUUCAACAUAGUAAACUUGUUUGGGCUAGAGAGGAAGCCCUUGCUAAAAUUAUUGCUGUGGAGAUUAUAGAGCUGCCUAUGUCUGAAGGAGAACAAGCUAUUGAAACCGAAUUCGAUCAGAAAGAAAGUAUUGAUGUAGACGGUUCAUGGGAUGUCUUUAGUAUGUUCCUACGAAGGAUCUGUUCUCAAGUGAAUCAAGCCAGAGCACUGCUUCAAACUGCGCUAGGGCGGGAACCACCACAGUCUAAUCAAAGAGCUGACUUAGUUCGGGAUAGAUUUGGAUUGCAUAAAAUGAUAGUCGUAGUCACAGCUGCUGGAAAGCUAUUUGGUAUAGAGACUCGCAAGGGUGAAAUAAUAUGGCAACUGACGGUUCCCAACAUUCGAGGUUUAACCAAAGACUCCGACAAGAUGCUUCUCUAUGUCCAACGAGGCAGCAGACAUUUCCCACACUCUCCGCAGUGUGCCUUAGUGGCAGCUGACAAAGAUACUAACGAAGGUAUCGUGUAUACGUUCAAUCCUAUAACUGGACAACCUUUGGAAGGUUUAACCAGGUUAGGAUAUAAAAUAAAGCAGUCCAUGCUGCUGCACGCACCUACUGAAGAGUUUCUUCGUAGUAUCGUAAUCCUUGAUGCAAGAGACAGAGUGCACGUAUACCCUGAAUGUGCAACUGCAGUUGCUGCAUCUGUUGGCAAGAGUACCUAUUUAUUCACUGCUGAUCAAACAGCUGGUGUACUGUCUGGAUUUUCCCUUGCAUAUAGCACACCGCAGAAUCUAAUUGCCCAUAAAGUAUGGGAAGUUGUAAUGUCAACAAAGAACCAAAGGAUAACGCAAAUCGUUUCGAAGAAUCCUAUCGAACGUGUUCAUUCUCAAGGCCGUGUCUUAGGAGACCGAUCUGUUCUAUACAAAUACAUCAAUCCUAAUUUAGUUGCUGUUGUUACACAAGGUGUUGGCAGCACACAUAAAAAUACGCUUAAUCUGUACCUGUUGGACGUCAUAUCUGGAGCUAUGGUAUUCUCGCUUGUACAUAAAAGAGCACGGGGUCCUGUACAUGUUGUGCAUUCUGAAAAUUGGUUAGUGUACAGUUAUUACAAUGAAAAGAGUCGUAGAACUGAAAUCGCUACGUUAGAAUUAUACGAGGGAAAGACACAGAGUAAUACUACAGUAUUCUCGUCCUUAGCUACGACAAAGUUGCCAAUUGUCGAAAGACAAGCAUUUAUUUUCCCAUUAUCGAUCGAAUCGAUAAGGGAAACUAUUACUGAGAAAGGAAUAACGAGUAAACAUAUUAUGGUUGCAUUAGCCAAUGGAGGAAUUUUGGAAUUGCCAUGGAUGUUAGUAGAUCCAAGAAGGCCUACGAAUCCUGAAAUGCGCGAAGAAGGUGUGAUACCUUACAUGCCUGAGAUACCUAUUCACAUGGACGCUAUUGUCAAUUAUAACCAGAGUGUGGCUAAGGUAUCAGGAAUUCAUACGAGUCCUAGUGGCCUUGAAAGCACUUGUUUAGUAUUUGUAUACGGUCUUGAUCUCUUCUAUACUCGUGUGGCGCCAUCUAAAACAUUUGACGUUUUAAAGGAAGACUUUGAUUAUUAUCUCAUUAUAAUAGUACUCGCGGCAUUGGUGAUCUCAUCGUACGUAACGAAAAAAUUAGCAUCGCAAAAAGCCCAAAAGCAAGCAUGGAAAUGAUGUUACCUUGCAUCCCUACAGAAUCAUCGCAUAACAUUCUUAACUGGAUUUGUUCACAGUAGACAAUGUUGUUUGUUGAAGGUAAUUUGUAAAAUGUCCCAUUUUAUAAAUGGCUAUUGAUUAUGCAAACUUGAUUAAUGACACUUCGUUAAUUUACCCAAAUAUCUUUAAAUAGCCAGAUUACACAGGCUGUACUUAACUCUUUUACUGAUACACAAUGCAUACUUCUGAUAUUCGAUAUUAAAUGUUUUUUUUAAGUGUUCUAAUUAAAAUAGAAUUUACGUGGAUCGCGAUAAUUAGAUAUUUUUUCAAAGUUGACUGUAUGGUCAAAAUAUUGCAACAUGAAAUGUCGAAUAUCAAUUCCAGACUGUGAACAAGAUGUCAGGAUUAUAUUUCUACACAUAUUUGAGUUACCAAAAAUUCUUGAGAGCAUAAACAAAUCCAUCAUGAAAUUCAUUCGAAAAUGACGCUCGUUCAUUUUUUACGUCAUGAUCUACUUUCAUAUACCAUUUAGGACAAUAGAAAAAUAUACGACAACUGUAAUUUCAUUUUAGAUUCUCUCACUUAGAAUUCUAAUUGUUAUAAUUUAUUAAUAGCACUUAAUACAGAUACAGUGCCUGCAAAUAUCAGGAGGUUGUAAUUUGACGCAGGCAAAGAAAAUCAAAUACUUUUCUUAAAUUUUC